GAAGGGGAAAGAUGAGUACAUCAUCCCAGGCAUUUCCCCAGAAGCCAUGAAGCUGGUCAUUGACUACGCCUACACGCACUCCGUGCUUGUCACGGCCGACAACGUGGAGAGCCUCCUGGCGGCUGCUGAUCAGUUGAAUGUCCUGGGUAUCAUGCAGCACUGCAGCAACUUCCUGCAGGACCAGCUCUGCCGUGACAACUGUGUUGGAAUUUUUAUAAUCGCCGACGUCUACCAACUCAGCGAGCUGCGGGAGUCUGCAUUCUUCUUCAUGGUGAAGAAUUUCAAACAAGUGGCCAGCUCCUCAGAGGAGUUCCUACAGCUCACUGUAGAGCAGCUUAGUAGUAUUAUUGAAGAGGAUGAGCUGAACGUUAGCCAGGAGGAGGUGGUGUUUGAGGCCAUCCUCCGAUGGAUUGCGCAUGAGCCUUCCAGCCGCAACUGCCACAUUGCUGUGCUGUUGCCCAAGGUCCGGCUGGCUCUAAUGAAUGAAGAUUACUUAAUAAGGAAUGUGAUAAACAAUGAUCUUGUAAAGGCCAGUAAGGAGUGCAGGCGCAUUGUCAGCGACGCCUUGAAGGCCGUGUACGACCUGGACAUCACCGGUCCACCCCGGUCUGACUUUGAAAACCCGCUGACCCGGCCACGCCUGCCAUCCGAAAUUUUGUUGGCCAUUGGUGGCUGGACUGAAAACCCAGCCAGUCAAAUCACGGCAUAUGACACCCGAGCCGAUCGCUGGGCAGAUAUGACGUUGGAGCACGAGACCCUGUCCUACCAUGGGUCAGUCUAUUUAAAUGGAUUUGUGUAUUGCAUUGGGGGGACUGAUGGCUUAGUUUGCACAAACAGCGUGCGGAGGUUCAGUCCUUUUACGCGGACAUGGGACCAGGUGGCCCCAAUGCAGACACGACGCUGCUAUGUGAGCGUGGCUGUGGCUGAUGGCUACAUAUACGCCUUUGGCGGCUUUGAUGGCCUCACGCGCCUCAACACAUCAGAGCGGUACGACCCGGCAUCAAAUAGCUGGACCUUCAUCCAGCCCAUGCAGGAGCGGAGGAGCGACGCCAGUGCCACCACACUGCACGGCAACAUAUAUAUGUGUGGUGGCUACAAUGGAGAUACAACCGUCCCAACCGCUGAGUGCUACGACCCAGUCACUGAGCGAUGGACCACUAUAGCCCCAAUGAGAACUCCCCGGCAUGGUGUUGGAGUCAUUUCCUACAAGGAUAAAGUCUAUGCAGUUGGUGGUACAUUCCAGUACCGGCAUUUACGGAGUGUGGAGGCCUACGACCCGGUCACUAACCGCUGGCAAGCUGUGAAGCCCAUGCAUAACACACGCAGUAACUUUGGGAUUGAAGUGAUCGAUGACCUGCUGUUUGUUGUGGGCGGCUACACUGGGUCCAGAACCACUAAAGUGGAAUGUUUUGAUGCUGAGACAGGGACCUGGUACGCCGCCCAGGACAUGUGCUGCUCCCGAAGCAGUCUGAGCUGCUGUGUAGUGCCUGCACUCCCCAGUAUGGUGGAGUACGCUGCCCCUCGUAAGCCUCUGAUUUCCACGCUGGAGAUGCCAUCAACCUCCAGGUAUGUGUAACUUCAAGGGUUAGGUUCAUUUAUUUUGGUUUUACUUUUAGUUGUUUUGGUAUGUUCAUUUUCUAAUUAGUUUAUAUAUAUAUAUAUAUUCACAUUUGCAUAUAUGUGGUGUGACAAUCAUAAAACAUAUUUCACCACUGAAAUAUGUGACCCUCCAACACAAAACUGUAUGGAAGUCGCAUGGCCGUAGUUUUAGAUAUUUUUUGAGGAUUUUUUUGUGCUUUUUUAUUUGAUACCAUAAUUUCUCAUUUUUCACCCAAGUGUACAGUUUUCGGACAGUUACUAAAAAUAAACAAUGUACUAACUUA